AUGGAAGGACUCAACACUACCAACUGCGGGAAGAAAGUACACGCCUAUGUCAGAAGCUUCCUCACAGAUAGAACAGCGACAGUAGGCCUCGGAGACCUGCGGAGCGACACCUUUGAAACGCUAUGCAAGGGCACUCCGCAGGGCUCGGUAAUUUCGCCGAUACUUUUUAACAUCGCCACGGUCAACCUUGCGAAGAAGCUCAACGAAGUCCAGGGCAUCAGUCAUGCCAUAAAUGCAGAUGACAUAACCAUCUGGACCACCGAAGGAUCACUAGGGAAUAAGAAAGAAGCGCUACAGAAAGCCGCCGCUUGCAUCGAGGAAUAUACGCAGCAAAGAGGCCUCAGAUGCUCCACGGAGACGUCUGAGCUCAUCAGAGUGGGAAGGCACCCAACAGAUGCCACACUCGAAGUAAAACUCGAAGGCCAAAACAUUCCGGAACAGAAAAUGAUCAGGAUCCUCGGCAUGUGGCUGCAGGGCAGCUGGAGGUGCAGCCACACCCUCUGCCUGCUGAGUAGAGCAGCGCGACAAGUGGGCCGCAUGAUCAGCAGAGUUGCGCACAAGAAAUACGGCAUGAAAGAGGAAGAUACCCUCAGGCUGGUCAACAGCCUGGUGGUCAGCCGGGUAACAUACUCCCUGCCAUACCAUGUAACCAUCAAAGCCGAAAGAGAACAAGCCGAAGCAAUCCUUCGGAAGGCGUACAAAACAGCCCUUCAUCUCCUAAGAAACACAUCCAAUGACAAGCUGAUGUAA